AAAUAAUAUGAUUUGAUCAGAUAAACAAAAUCAGACAAACAAAAUACUGAAAAUUUGAACAAAAUGGUACAAGGAAUCAAUCAAAGUUAAGCUAUAUGGCAUUUUAAAGUUUUGCAUUAUUCUGGUGAAGAAACGGCCAGGCAUGUCUUCAUGAAUAUUCAUUGAGCAAACUGAUGAUGCCAUCAUAUCCCCACUUGUUCUUUUGCAUUUCAUUAUAUGAAAUUAGUUCUAUUCAAAUUUUUUCCUCCAAGAACUAAAAAAAAUGGAUUGACAACUGAUUUAGUGUAUUGGCUAUAUAUAUUCAUUGCUGCACCUUAUAGGCUAAGGGAGGCACAUCGUUCACACAUGUAUGAAAAAAUGAAACAAUUUUGAUUUCAUGUAAUACAUAAGAACAAGGAAAUUGGGGAUGUGACAUCAUCAGCCCACUUGAUCACGCAUUAACUGUUCUCGCAAAAUAUUGCCAAACUUUAAAAUUCAAUAACCUUUUUAUUUGGGGGGGGGGGGGGGUAUCAGAUUUUGAAGAGAUUUUCAGCAUUUUAUUCCUUGAAGUUUACUCUAUUUAAAUAAAAAUAUUUUCAGCUCAGAGUACCCCUUAAUGGAUUUUCCUCCAACCUUCACCAAUAUUUUUCAUUACUUUUUCUGCUAUUUAUGUUUUACAACGUUUUCGUCAGGGUGAACUUCCAUGGGGGAAUUCCCCAUUUGUUUAUAAAUUACCACGUCUUUCACAUAUUCUUAAUUCUUUGUUCAUGACCUUAUUCUUGCUUAUUUUUAAACUUAUUAAUAUUGCACAUAAAUGAAUUCAUUGUUCUUGGUUUUCAGUGGAAAGAAAUUCCUUGUCCUAAGAUAAACUUUAACGGGGAACAUUCAUUCAGAUACGCAUCAAAAGGGAUAAAAGUUGAAACUUUUGAUUUUAGAAUGCUGCCCUCUAGCUCUUGAAACAAACUAGUGACUUCAUUAAAACAUGACAGCGCCCAUCACAUUAUUUUUUAUUUCUACGAAAGCAAUAUACAAUGGUUUACAUGACUGCUUUUAAUAAUAAUUUUCAAGAUGGAUGGUGUAAGAAUGAAACUAGAUGAUAUCAUUCAAUUCGUGAGUAAAUUCACAACGAUUGUAGAAUGCAGCUUAGUAAACUUUUACACGAAUAACAUGUGGAAUCGCGUGCUCACAACAACCGGCACACGCUUCGCAUCUCAAAUUUUGCAAUUGUCAGUCCGUGAACUGGCAGAAUUUCCUUCUGGUAAAGAUUUCCUCCAAAAUCAAGUCGAAUCUAAGGACGUAGAAUUUCCAGACUUGCGGGAAUUUUCAAAAGAAAUGGUAGCAAACCGAUUGGAAUCGGUGAUACUGCCUUUUGAAAAAGUGGCCCAAAAUUGUGGAAAAGAUGACCAUCGCACACGCACUUACCCGCAAGAGAUGGCACGUGACGCCCUGAGUUUCGGCGAGGGUCGGAUGGAGGAGCCGGUGAAAGAAGCAGCACCUCGGAAAGAGCGAGAGUCUAGUCUGACGAGCGUCAACAGCACAAACGCAGAGGCAGAGCUGACCAAACGAAUAAUGGGCAAGAAGAAGUCUCAUGAAGUAGCAUCGAUGGCCCAGAAAUCUGCUGACAUCUUGUCAAUGACUGGUAUCCAGCAGGUUAUUGACAUCGGGAGUGGAAAGGGCUAUCUGGGUCAGUUUCUCAGCAUGCAGUAUGGCAUUAACGUCAUCAGUGUUGAUUCAUCAGAAACCAACACGAAUGGCGCCCUCAAGCGGAACAACAGGCUAACCAAACAAUGGAAAGGGAUUGUGAAGAAUGCUAUGCAGAAAACUUGUGAGGAUACUAGUGCAAAGCAAGAAGACUGCAGAUUAAGAAGUAAAAUUACUACUACUAGCAGUCCUGAGGAAAUUCAAGAUAAAGGAUGUACAGAACCCUCAUGUCCUUUGGAUUCAAGUGAAAGUGAAAGGACUGAACCAUCAUUUGAGAAAAAUUCUGGUUCAUCUCCGACCGGGUCUUCAUCAGCACCAGUGCAGUUAGUGUUGUUGGGGGAUGACACAUGUUCUGCUGUGGAAAGGUUGGUGGAGGAAGCACCAACUUCAGUGCAACUAUUUUCACCUUCAGGGUCUGUAACAGUAGCAGCAUCAUCAGUAUCAUCGUCAUCAAUAGCAUCUUCAUCAUUGUCUUCAUCAUCAUCAGUAGCAUCACUAUCAUCACCAUCAUCAUCAAUAGCACCUUCAUCAUUGUCUUCAUCAUCAAUAGCAUCUUCAUCAUUGUCUUCAUCAUCAUCAUCAUCAACACCAUCAACUUAUACUUCUGUAGAGUCAUCAUCAGUAUCUUAUUUGACUUCAACAACCUCAUCAAUUCCAUCACCUCUGUCAUCAUUCAAUAUUCAUAUACCAACACUUUCUGCACAACCCUCAGUGGCAGUGUCAAACCCAUCACAAGAAAUAUUUCUACCUUCUGCAAAGCAAACAGCAGAAGAAGAACAGCUAGAAACCUCUUGCCUUUCACCAUCUUGCCAACCCCAAAAAGAGGAUGAGAGGAACAAGUCUGGUCUUAGCCAGGAACAAUCUUGCCAUGAAUCGAUUUGCCAUAAACAAACUUGCCAAAAGAGAGUUGACACAACAGGAAGUGACGGGAGAAUUGGAAACCAGAGUGAGUCAGGAGAGAAUAAGCACGCAGCCUGUGUAUCCGUAACAGGAUUUGUUGAUGAAGAGACAGAGAUCGGGGAUUUCUUGCAGUGUGAUGAGAACGCAAGAUACUUUGAUCUGUCAGAGCCAUUCAUGAUGGUCGGACUGCACACCUGUGGUGAUCUAGCCCCCUCUAUGCUGAGAAUCUUCCAGUCCAAUCCCAGCAUGCAUUGCCUGUGUAACGUCGGCUGCUGCCAUCAUCUCGUCACUGAAGAGUUUGCGAGGGAAGACGAGUGGGACUGGGAGAACGCAGGGAUGAAGGCGACGGGGUCAUCGUUUGGUUUCCCAAUGAGUGAAUAUCUUAGGGAGAAGAAAGUUGCUCUUGGGCGGGGCACUCGGAUGGCAGCUUGUUUGGCAGCAGAUAGAAUAGCUUCACAGAAGACAGUAGAUGUGACAGGGUUGUUCUACCGAGCCGUGUUUCAAGUCAUCUGCCGAGAUCACUUCACUAUUCCUACCAGAAAACAGAUCGUCGGGAAGCUUGCACGAAAGUGCAAAUCCUUUCUGGAGUACGCAAGGAAAGCACUCAGAAAAUUAAAGAUGGACGAUAGUAAGAUAUCUGAUGAAGAGAUCUGUGCUUAUGAGGUCAAGUACAGGCCAUCCUACAAACACCUGGCGGCUUACAACCAGUUGAGGGCAGCAUUGUCACCAAGCAUCGAGGCCAUUAUCCUACUAGACAGGCUUCUCUACUUGAAAGAACAGCCUAACAUCAAGACGGCAUGCAUCGUUCAGCUCUUUGACCCCGUGACCUCUCCUAGAUGCUAUGGUAUCUUUGCAGUCAAGGGAACUGAUCGGUGAGGAAGAAUACUAGGAGAAUAAAGAGACUGUAUUAAGGCUUUUUAAACAUCUGAUUGUUUAUAACUUCCAAGGAUGUGGAAUCAGAAUGUUAUUUACAAUACAAUGAUGUUGUCAUGGUAAUAAAUGGCAAUGAUUGCUUUCCAAUCAAUUGCCAUCUGAAGGUAUUUUUUCACAGUACUAUUUGAUUCACUGGUAGUGGACAUACACUUUUUUUUUCUUUGUAGAUUCCAAGGAAACUGCAAUCUGAAAUUUGUUUUUUCAAUCGAGUUUCGUUGCAAUGAAUAAAUCCCAAUCAGGGUCCUGUUUCAUAAAGCUUUUUAUCAAUAACAAGUGACAAUUAGCAUAAUUUAAUUUUACAAGGAAUUUUUUAUAAAAGUGUUGUUUUACAAUCAGGGUAACCAAAUUCUAAUUUUAUCCAAAAAAAAUUCUUAUGUGAUGUAAACAAUAUUUCUUUUUAGCUCACAUUCUUCAACAAUAUUGAAAGUUUUGCAAAACUUGAAUCAGUUGCAAGCCAAUUUUAGGUCCAAUAAUCUCUAAGUGCAACUGUGAUGGUCUGUUUCUUGCAUAAAAACAUUCACCAGACCAUGGCAUAAUUCAUAUGUUAUAAUAUAUGUUGGUGAAUUAUAUCAUUAAAUAACGACAUCAUGAAGCAAAUUAGUUUCUGUUUGUAAAUAAAUUGAUAUUUUAUUGAUAAAAUACAACAAUGUACAGCAAUUAUUAAAUUAAUUAAAAGCUAUGUGAUGGAACACAAAUCUCAUCAAGUUGAUUGUGCGAUUAUUUCAUGAGAUUGGAAUGUGUUAUGACCAAUUAAUCAACCACUCUCCCCCCCCCCAAAAAAAAAUAAUAAUAAUAGUAAUAAAAUUUUUAAUAAUCCAAAUGGAAAUGCUUAUCAAUUAUUCAAAUCUAGCAUGGGUGUUGCUAUAAUCAAAUACUUGCCAAUAAAGUCAAAUAGAGUUUUCAGAUCGUAAACUGCAAAAUAUCUGUUAUCCACAUUUUCCAAUUCAAAUUUCCCCUUAGUCAAAAUAGAUAAGUGGGACACAGAGAUUUGACUUGUGUAAGUCAACAUGUCACAUGUGAAUCUUUCAUGGGUUGUCAUGUACACCUAACAUACAUCAACAAAAAUGGAAGCAUAUAAAUUGGAAGAAUAUAUUUUUUCAGCAUUGUUUUUCAAUAAUUGACUGAAGACAUGAUUAAUUCUUAAAUUUAAAAGAAUAAUUUUCAAAAAUUAAUUUCAUUACAAUUUAAUUUUUACAAUAGUUAAUGUUACGUUGAAUUUCAAAGUACAUUCUUCAUCAAUCUUUAAUUUUUAUGAAUAGUCAGGCCGCUUCAUCGAGGGCCAUAUUUCUAUCAAACGUACCUGGGUCCCGUCUCACAAAAAGUUGCGAUUGAUCCGAUCAUCCACAACUACGGCAAGCCAGCAAUGUCAACAUCUAAACUGCAUCUUUGUUCAAAAUAUUUUCUAGAUAUGCUGUAUAAUAAUAAUUACACAUUCUUCAUUUCUUAAACAAUUUAGUGUACUUCACUUUGUUUACAAAGGAUAUAGCGCAAUUUUUUGUAGAAAAAAUUAUGACAUCGAUGGAUUUCCAUAUAGUUGAGGUUGAUCGGAUCAAUCGUAACUCUUUGUAAGAUGGGACCCUCAGAGCUGCCAAGUAGUACGAUUUUUCCGUAUUUAGUACGUUUUUGCAACCAAAAUACGGCAGUACGUUUUUUGUAUUUUAAAAAAAAAAAAAAAAUCUUUUUUUUUUACAAAAUCGAAAUUUUUUGAGAAAAAUCAUCUCUAUAUGUCUCUAUUUCAUGAAACGUACACAAAUAUGGUUAUUAGAUCAAUGUAAUUUUUUUUUUUUUUUUUCAAUCAUUUUGUAAAAACCAGGGUGAGAUAUACACAAGUUUCAAUGUUUUUUUUUUUUUUCAUCUGCAAGAGCAGUGCACAUUUUAGCUUGCAUGCAGCUUGAGCGCCGUGAUGGGCGAGUGCGCCAAGCAUUUUAUUAUGAAAUACACUUUUUGGGGUAAAAAUACAAAAUAUUUAUCUCACACGGUAAAAAUACUGAUUUUUUUGUCAAAAUACUGAUUUUGGGAGAUAAGAAUACUGAAAAUGCAAAAUACAACUUGGCAGCUCUGGACCCUGGUAAUUUCUGAUCUGGGGUGAAUUCCUGAGGCCUAUUUCAUAAAGAGUUACAACUGUUGUAACUUUGCCAUUAUGGCAACUACCAUUGCAACGAGUCUCAGCAGCCAAUCAAAAUUAAGGUUACCAUAAAUUUCAUUUUUUAAAUGUUCGUGAUGACCAUUUGUUUAUUUUCUUUUUAGGACAGGUGUCAAAUGAUUUAUGUAUUGAUAUACUGAGGGUAUGAUAAAAAAUGUUUCCAGUUUUCUCAGAGAAAAUAAAUUUCAUUGAUUUUUUACCAUACAAUAUGCAGGAAAGCUGCUCACGUGACAUAUCACAAAUCACAUAAUUGAAUUUUAAUAACUCUUUUAUUCUUUGAAGGAUUUUGUAGGAUUUUCUGCAAACCUUCGCCAAUAGUUUUUACUAUUUUUUCUGUUAUUUUACAAUAAACUUUUUGUCAGGGUGAACUUUCCCUUUCACUGUUGGAUGAAUAUUCGACUCGGUUGAAAAAAAUGAUAUUCCAUUUCAUAUCAGCAGUGAAUUAUUCAAAUAAUUUGAGAAUUCAAAUACUAUUCCAAAGCCAAAAGUAUACACAUAAUCAUUUCUUUCUUUAAAACCAUUAAUAUGGUUAGUACCUGAACAAAAUUUGGGUUUUCAUUAACGUCGUCAUGAAAAAAUAACCAAAAAAAAUACAGUCAACUGCUACCUUAUUUAUAAAGUAAAAUAAUCACCGAGUUGUAAGUAAUUUUCACGACCAGGGGCCCAUAACACAAAGCUUAGCAAUCAAUUUAGAACUUUUUUUUACAAUUGAUUGCAUUGACUACAAUGUACAAUUUAUUAUGAAAAUCAAGCGUACAAUUAAUCGCUAACUUUUGUGUUACGAGACCCAGGUAAUGCAAGACGGGUUAUUUACUUUCUGCAAAUCAAAUUUCUUCUCAGUCGAACAGAUUACUGUGUUCUCAAGAGAUUUGACUGUAUGCUGAGUUACCUGUAAAACAUUACAAUGUACAUUAUUAUAACAUAAUGUAACAUAUAAUUUAUCAUCAAUUAAAAAAUUACACAUUCAUUCUUGUAAUCAAACAA